AAUAAAAAUUCUGAUUUUAAUUGCAAGACAAGUGGCAAAUAAGACUACUUUCUACAGUGCAUUGCUGGAGUAAAGCUAUAGACUUAGGGAAGAGAGGUUGACUUGUCUUCGAGCAAGAUUAGUAGGUGAUCACAGACAGUUUGGUAAAAGAACUAUGAACAAGAAGGAAUAUUCACCAUUAAUCGAGUCGUCAGAAACCAGCUCCRAAGACUGCCUCCAAGCAAACAAGUAUCAACUAUACAAGAGGCGAUGGUAUAUUCUCUCUGUGUAUACAGCAAUCGCUUUGAUUUGCAACUUGACUUUCAAUACGUGGACACCGAUAUCUGAACCUUGUAAGAUUAUUUUUGGAUGGAAAAACUGGCAGGUUAUCUUUAUAACUAGUUGGGCUCCAUUGUGUAUGCUUGUAAGUGCUGGACCGUCUAUAUGGAUGAUGGAUAAAAAAGGUCUGAGAGCUUCAGUCAUAUCAUGCGCUUUCCUACUGACUGCUGGCAAAGUAUUCCAAGUUAUUCCAUCCAGUGAUCCACUAGCAAGAACCAUCCUGUUAAACACUGGUCAAUGCAUCUCUAUGUUGAGCAUUCCUGUCGGACUAGGAGCACCUCCAUCGAUCUCCGCAACGUGGUUCCCUCCAAAAGAGCGUACAACUGCAACAGCUAUCUCAACACUAGUGGCAUACUUUGGUCUUGCUUUAGGUUUUAUAGUUGGUCCAAACAUGGUGCGAGUAGAGACAAUACCUUCAUCAAUACAGAAAAGCAUUGUCACUAACCACACGGUAUACGACAUAGACGAAAUGACCACGAACCUAUCUGAGUACAUGGGCAUUCAGUUAGGUAUAAGUGCACUUUUAUUGGUCUGUGUGUUGGUGUAUUUUCCCGACGAGCCACCUUUGCCUCCCUGUGCGACAUCAAGCAACAGGGUACACGAACCUAAACAAGAAUUCAAGACUUUGAUAUCUGAUUACCGUUUUCUUUAUCUGGGGUUUCUUUUUGGCAUUAGUUUUGGGAUCUACUUUGGGUGGCUUGGGUUGUUAGCUUUAGCUGUUCGACCAUUCGGGAUUAGCGAGUCUUUGGCUGCUUGGAUUGGAACUGCUUCUGUGGUGGCUGGGAUCUUCUCUGAUUCUAAAUAG